UCAGGCCGAGCGGUCAUGUCGCACAAACAGAUUUACUAUUCGGACAAAUACGACGACGAGGAGUUCGAGUACCGGCACGUCAUGUUGCCCAAGGACAUAGCCAAGCUGGUCCCUAAAACCCAUUUGAUGUCUGAAUCUGAGUGGCGGAAUCUCGGCGUUCAGCAGAGUCAGGGAUGGGUCCAUUAUAUGAUCCACGAACCAGAACCUCACAUCUUGUUGUUCCGGCGACCACUGCCCAAGAAGCCAAAGAAAUGAAGCCGGCAGCCACCUUUCGGCCUCAGGCUUCGCACAGCUAUCCUCACGUGCUAACGACAUCUUCGGAUGACAUUACUCCACUGCCUUCUUGCUUCCCACUUUGAUAUUGAAAGGAUGUUCAGACUGUUUGACUGUGCUGGUGACCGCUUCGCCUGAGCCAACAGCAGCACGGCCCGGCCGGCUGAGCGCCGUUCGGGCCGCAGCCUCGGCCGAGUGUGACCCCAGAAGCCCUGCCGAGCUCUGUAUCCUGCAGAACACACUUGGUAGAGGGAGGAAGCGGCUCCUCUAAGCAUAAGGCCGUGGCCGUUGCAGGGAUUGCGUAAACUUGCCGUUUUGUUUCUUCCUGCCAGGUGUUGUAUGUUGUGUGGUGGUUCAUGUUUCAUUGUACUGGAAACUGUCCGUUUUAUUCAAGAAACCUGUUCCGUGUUAAAAAGCCUUGAUUAAAGAGGAAGUUUUUACAAUCUGA